GCCACACCGCACUUCCCUCGCAUCCAGCCGUCCUGUCUUGUCCCCCUCGACCCCCUCCUCCUUCACGUCUAGGCCUCCAUCGUGGCAAGACUUGAACAAACGCGUUGGAUGGAUCAUGCCGAGGGUGCUUGUGAGUCUCUGUUAGAGUUUGGGCUUUGGCAGAGCGAUUGCAGAACGAGUUGGCUAGGGAACCGAGUCGAUCGAGGUCCGCCCCGAGUUGAUGAGCGACCGAACCCUUUGAUUCCUUGAACCGUCGGAACUCGAUCCAAUAAAAAGAAAAGGAAGAAAAAAAAAGAGACAAGAGGUGUGCUUGGUUGAAUCGAUCCAUAAAUGUCGGGUCUGCCUGCCCGACCUUCCCUCGCGGAGCACAGCGGUGUGGCCGCGAGGCCGCUCGAUGCCCCCAAUACGACCAGCAAGAAGAAAAGGAAGCACCGCAAUCGCAAGCGACGCAAUCGGCGACCCUCGUUCCUUGCCGCGGACGAGUCGGACUCGCGACCGGUCGUUGCGGCCGCGUCAGGGGCGGACGCCGCCCCGGAGACGAGAAGCGAACAGACGUUCUACAGGCUGGGCCAGGCGCUGAGCAGCACAAGUCUGGAGAGCGAAGCAUUGUUGGAUCACCGAGACCAGCCGAUGAUGCGUUCCCGGAGAGAGAGCCGGCUCGCUCAGUCGUUUCGUCCUGGCUCCGUGACCUCGACAUCCUUCCACCCUUCCCAUCCCUCCCCGGCGAGUAGGCCACAGCAUGCAGAAGACAGUGAUGCGUCAGAUGCGGCCAACGACCACACGCCCUUGAUGCGCGGCUCCUCCUACGGCCGCUAUGGUGCCGACAGCAUCACCAACCCUUUCGCCUUGACACGCCCGCGACGGGGCUCAUCCGGCUCCCGGUCGCUAUCAUCAUCGCGGGCCUCGCCGCGUGGGGGGGUGGGAGUCAGCAUCGCCAUGGAGCGUGACUACGAUGUAAACAAUCCGCCGUCUAUUCCGGGUACACCAAAGCUGGGUCCGGAGAUGGGCUAUGACGAUGCAGUAGUGACGGGGGCCGAGUUUGGCUUUUCAACAACCAAGUCGCUAGACACUGGUCGGAAGGACUCUCUCCCCCGCUCGCACGACAUGCUAAUCGAUGUCGACGACCACGACCUCGACCACGGUAUUGUCCAGUCGCCCCCACUGACCACGACGGGGAGUACGAGUCCGCCGCCCGCCACGCUGCCGGAUACGCUCCGUCGACGGCGGACGGUGACUCUUCCCGUUGAGGAAGACGUGUGCUUCCCCACGGGGAUCUCGGAACUGGCAGACGACGAAGGAGCUGAAGGGCCACGGGCGGCGAGAGAGGAAGAGGAGUUUUCUCGGCGCCGGGGCUCCCGGCGACGGCGCGAAUGGCCGGACCUGGCCGUCUUGGAGGAAUGGAGCCGCGAGGAGAAGGAGGAGCGUCGGGGCGACCUGCGGGUGAAGAAGAUCAACGAACCGAUGCUGGUUGAGGGCCGGCUGCGGCCGCAGUACCGGCUAUGGCGACGUGAGGAGGACGAGGCGCCGUACCGCUUCACCUACUUCAACGAGGAGUUCCAGAGCACUAUCCACGCGCAGACCUUCUCGGAGCUGGUGCAACCGGGCGGUAGUUUCCGGGAACUGUUCAUCCCGGAUCCGCCAGAGCUGGAGGAUGAGUCUGAUACGGAUGAGUCGGUCACCCACGAGAACACCACCAAUAACAUUAAUAAUACCAACACCACUGCUACUGCCACUGCCACUACCACUACCAUUAACAAUCACAAUAAUAAUAACAAUAACAAUGUUGGCAUUCCCGUGAAUCACCAAGGGAAGCCGCAACAGGCCCACCCGCGCGCGCUCUCCAUCAUCAGUGAGGCGGUCUCCGAGUCACGGCAGUCGUCACAGCCGUCACAGCCGUCGUCGGACGACUCAUCGCGACGGCGGCGGCCUGCAGGCACCCGGGCAAAGCGAUACGGUCCACGGCCAACGUUCUGGCUGGACGUCCUUUCCCCGACGGACGCGGAGAUGCGGGUGAUGGCCAAGGCGUUUGGGAUCCACGCGCUGACGGCAGAGGACAUCAUGAUGCAGGAGGCGCGGGAGAAGGUCGAAUUGUUCCGGCAUUAUUACUUGGUCAACUACCGGACGUUCGAGCAGGACCCACACAGCGACAACUACCUGGAGCCCGUGAACAUGUAUGUGGUUGUUUUCCGCGACGGAGUGCUUUCCUUCCACUUCUCGCAGACGCCGCACCCGGCCAACGUGCGGCGGCGCAUCCGCCAGCUGAUGGACUACCUGAUCCUCAGCGCAGACUGGAUCUCGUACGCGCUGAUCGACGAUAUCACGGAUGUGUUCGGGCCGUUGAUCCAGGCGAUCGAGGACGAGGUCGACGAGAUCGACGAGAUCAUCAUGCAGAUGCACGCCCCCGGGAAACAGGAGCAGCAGCAGGAGGUCGUCGUCACGUCGUCGGGCGGCACCGUCACCACAACCACCGCCGUCGCCCCCGGCGAGAUGCUGCGCCGCGUGGGCGAGUGCCGCAAGAAGGUGAUGGGCAUGUACCGCCUGCUGAGCAACAAGGCGGACGUCGUCAAGGGUUUCGCCAAGCGCUGCAACGAGCAGUGGGAAGUGGCUCCCAAGUCCGAGAUCGGUCUGUACCUCGGUGACAUCCAGGACCACAUCAUGACCAUGACGAGCAAUCUGGCCCAUUACGAAACUAUCCUCUCGCGCGCCCACUCGAAUUACCUGGCGCAGAUCAACAUUCUGAUGAACGAGCGCCAGGAACAGACGGCUGACGUGCUGGGCAAGCUGACGGUCCUAGGUACCAUCGUGCUGCCCAUGAACAUCAUCUGUGGUAUGUGGGGGAUGAACGUCAAGGUUCCCGGGCAGGAGAUCGACAAUCUGUGGUGGUUUUGGUCCAUCACUGCCGGGCUCUUCGUCUUUGCUUUUGCCUCGUUCUAUAUCGCCAAACGAGUGUACAAAAUCGUCUAGGAUUGUCUUUUAACUAAUGGCUCUUGCUGUCUUCUACAUCUUUUCUCUCUCCUAUAGAGGUCUGUCUACCCAGGCUGCGAACAGCCUCGCCUUUUUUUUUUUUUUUUUUUU